AUGCCUUCUUCUUCAACCCCCCAAGGUCCAAGUAGAGAAACUUGGUUUGAUCCAAUUCCAAUUGAUGAUUUCAAAAGAAUAAAUGAAUUAAGUAGAAAAGAUGUUCCAAAAGAAAGACCAAUUGAUCCAGAAGAUAAAAUUGAAGAGUAUGAUAUUAGAUGUGGUCCAAUAUUGAAAUUAUCAGGAACUCAUGAAGAUGGUAAACCCAAUUAUCGUGGUAGUUUAGCUUUGGUUCCUCCUAUUAUUACUUAUGAAAUUGGUCCCAGUUCAAAAGAUAUCGCCAAUGGAAAGUUUUUAACUGGAGAAUUUGAAAGUGUGAAAUAUUUCCAAAUUAAUGAUUAUUCAUUCUUUAGAUAUUCAAUAGAUUUAAUUAUGGAAUCAUAUGAACAAAAAAUUGAAUAUUAUAUUGAACAUCAUUUUAAAAAAUCAUUUCAAUUUUAUAUUCCAUCAAUUGAAGAAUCCAUGAAUGUAAUUUCAUUUUCAUGUAAUGGAUUUUCAUUAGGAUCAGAUGCAAGUGAAUAUAAAUCCUCCAUGUGGUUAGAUGUCCUCAACAGACACGCCAAACAACAUUAUCAUGUCAUGUUAGGCGGUGGUGAUCAAAUCUAUUGUGAUUCAAUCAAAUUACAAUCAAAAGCAUUACAAGAUUGGAUGAAAUUAAGUUCACUCAAAAAACCAUCAUUUAAAGUCACCCAAGAAAUUUCUCAAGAAUUUGAACAUUAUUAUCUUGAACAUUAUAUGAAUUGGUUCGGGAAAGGGUUUUGGGUCGGGAAGAAUUCGCGGGUUUUGGAGGCAUUAUUCCCCUUGACAAUGUCUCAGAUUCCUAGUGUUAAUAUCUAUGAUGAUCAUGAUAUAAUUGAUGGAUAUGGGUCUUAUGGAAAUUCAACUAUGUCUUCCGAAGUUUUUGAAUCAAUUGGAAAUUUGGCAUAUAAAUAUUAUAUGUUAUUCCAACAUCAAAUUGACCCUCGGGAAAAAUUGUCUGAAAGUGAUCCAUCUUGGAUAUUGGGAAAACAACCAGGUCCUUAUAUUAAGGAAAAGAAUCAUUCUAAUUAUAUUAGAUUAGGAAAAGAAAUUGCGUUGUUAGGAUUAGAUUGUAGAACUGAACGGAAAUUAAGAGAAAUUGUUAGUCCAUCUUCAUAUGAACGGGUUUUUGAUCGUUUAAAUAAAGAAAUUACCGCUAAUAAAGAUAUUAAACAUUUAUUGGUAAUGUUGGGUGUUCCUAUCUUAUAUCCUCGUUUGGUUUGGUUAGAAUGGUUAUUAACUUCAACCGUGUUUAAACCAGUUCGUUCAUUGGCACAAAAGGGGGUCCUUGACAAGGGGUUAGUUAACGAAUUCGAUGGAGAUAUUGAAGUAUUGGAUGAUUUAAAUGACCAUUGGUGUGCAAAACAUCAUAAACGGGAAAGAAAUAAAUUAUUAUUAGACUUGAUUGAAUUCCAAGCUAAGCAUGAAGUCAGAAUUACGAUUUUAUCAGGAGAUGUUCAUUUAUGUUGUAUUGGAAGAAUUAAAUCCAAAUUCCAUCAUCAUCGUCAUGCUCAUAAAUUAUUGGAAGGAAGUACUAUUCUGGAAUUGAAUCAAGAAAUGUUAGAUUCCCCUGAAUGUGAUCCAAGAUUGAUGUUUAAUGUCAUUAGUUCGGCAAUCACAAAUGCCCCACCACCUGAUCCAAUGGCAAAAUUAUUAAACAAAAGAAGUAAAAUUCAUCAUUAUAAUAGAGAUACUGAUGAAGAUAUGAUGCCAAUAUUUUUGAGAGAUGUUGAUGGAUCAAAGAGAGAAAAUUUACAAUUUUUGAAUAAGAGAAAUUGGGCUGAUUUAAUCGUUGGAAAACAAUCAAAAUAUAAGGAUUCAAUUGUUAAAGAUGAAACGUUGAGAAAAUUCCCCCAACCGGUUUUUGAUAGCGAUGUGGUUACUGACUUUAUGGAAGGUAGAGAACCAGAUGAAAGAAAUGUUAAAUAUCCUCUUUUUGAAGAUUCUUUGGUGACUACUAUUCAUGUUGAAAGAGAUAAACAGAAUUUUGAUUCUCCUUCAACUGGAUAUGAAGUUUUUAUUCCAAAACUAAUUGGAAAAUAUUCCUUGGAAAGUGCUCCUGUUAAGCAUCUUCAAGAUCAACAUUCUGUUUAA